AUGGGUGCCAGCGACUCCAAGCUAGUGUUCAAAAAGGGCAUCUUUAGGUUAUCAGAAGAGCGCCACAUACCUGCCGACGAUUCAUACUGGACCUCGUUUUGGGAACUUCCAGAGGCAUCCGAGGAUAUUUUCAGCCUGUUCUCGGCUGCCGACGUGCGACGGACACGAGACAAUGCGCUGGAGAAUCUAGAGACUUUGAUACUGGCCGUCACCUCGCGACUAUUCAUUCUUCGGCAUCACCCUUCGUUUCCCGACCCCGAACUUGCGCCCGAGAGAGAUGCGCUCAACUGCGUCCGUGUUCUCAACCGCAUCAUACCAUAUCUAUACGAGGCCGAUCAUUUGCAAGCAUGGGAGGAGCAGUUCUUUUGGGGCACGAGGCGGAAACGGACCAGACGAGCCGCCAUUCAGAAUGAGGUCUUGUUCGAUGAAGCCCAAGCCGACGACGGCGAGCCCAAGACGCCCGUGACCGAGUUUGAAGAGACGAAACCCCUGGCCGAAGAGCUUAUAGACACAUUGAUUGACCUCCUCUUCUUUUCCGACUUUACCGUCCCCAGACAACCACACGGUAAGCCCAAGGUCACUUAUGCGAUAUGGCAGAGCGGUGUCGGCUGCAACACGACCGUGCCUACGACCAAGGAGCAUGAGAGCAACCGAUGCGAAAUCCUACGACUACUCCUUACUCUCACAAGUCAGGGCAUGUACAUGUCGCCCAGCCUAUUGCCUACCAAGGGCACGAGAUCAUUGACGUACAUUUGUACCUGUCCGGACAAGCAGGUUGUCUUGUCCGUGCUCUGCUCCUUGCUCAACACGACACUCAAGUACAAUCCCGCGACAUGGAAGGUGCCGUAUAAUACGCUGGUAUUCAAGGACGAAAAGCAGAUACUCGUCACCUAUACUCUGCAACUACUGCUCGUGAUUCUUCUCUACCCGAUACCCGAGCAGGUUGGUGGAUCGACGCCAAAGAACUACUAUCGUCAUUUUCUCGGACGGCUGCAUAGACCUCAGGAUUUUCAAUUCAUUGUCGAUGGCAUGACUCGAAUUCUCAACCAGCCCUUUCACGCCAACAACUCGUACAUUCCCGGCGCGCAGUCCACCACAAAGUUUUCUCCAGAGAUUAUCAUGCUCUUUUGGGAGAUUACGCAAUGCAAUAAGCGCUUUAGAGCCUACAUGAUUGAUACCGAGAGAGCUCACGAUUUUGUCAUUUUGAUUCUCUACUAUGCAACGGAAUACAAGACGGACGCUUCAAAGCAGGGUGUCGUUCGCAUGUGUGCAUUCCUGCUGCAAACACUGAGCGUAGAGCCAAAAUUCGGCAUCAACCUCAACAAGGCUUUUGAUGGACAAGAUUUGCUUCCCCCCGUCAUACGGAUUCUCAAUUUUAGAGGAACAUAUGCCGAUUACUUGAUACAGUCCAUUUACAGUCUAAUCACCACGAGCCAAGGAAAGCUGUCUGCCAUUUAUCCUGCUCUACUCGCAGUCAUCAACAAUGUUUCUGCAUAUCUCCAAGGCAUCAACAUGACUACGUGUUCGAAAUUGUUGCAACUGUUUACGUCCAUGUCAUCUCCAUCGUUUCUGUUGGCAAAUGACAGCAAUCAUGACUUGUUGAGUUCACUACUAGAGUCAAUGAAUACCAUUAUUGAACAUCAAUACAAGGCCAAUCCAUAUUUUGUAUUUUCCAUCUUGAAGAACAAGAAGCGUUUCGAGGCGUUGCGCUCAUUUACGCUAGAGAGCGGUCAAGAGGAGAUUGAACGACGUAACCGACGAAGAAAGGAAGACGGACAAGCAGCCGAUCCAUUCGACAUGAGCAGAAACUCGGUCGACAGUAUAGCAAGUCCCACUACUACACAAUCGCAAACGCCCACGUCUGGCCAUGCUGCAGAAGAGGACGGCACCUUUGCGAUUGGUGACGAUGACAGCGAGGACGAGGAAGAGCGCCCAACGCCCGCACAGUCGAGUCCAAGCGAGAAUCCGUCUCGAGCGUCCUCCGUGGUGAGCACUGAUGAUGCUGUGCCCUCGCAACUUCGGGGCAUGUCGGAAAAGGCCAGGGGCAAGAUGCCUGCCGGUGUUGCUUCCUUUUCCCGGCAAAAUAGUGUCACCAGCCUGGGCAGCUACUCCAUGGCAGGCCAAUCGACUACUGGCGCCUUUGAACCUUCGGCACAUUGGAUUGAAAGCUGGCUGCCAGAGUUGCCACUUCACACCAUUCUGACCGUCAUUCAGCAAUUGACUGCUCUCAUAACAAGACAAGGACUUGGCACGGAUAGCCCAUCCAAUGCAACACUCAAGGCUAUCCGUGAUGCAGAUUUGGUUGGCAUAGAACCCUCGGCAGUUCGGGUCCAUUCAUUCGAGUGGACGCCCAUGGCUUUGGGUUGGUACGAGUCCUUGGUUUGGAGUUUUGUAUUUGCCAGUGAGAUGCAAAUCGCCAAGGGUACCGUGGGCAUCUGGAAUGGAACCGCCAUCAAGCUAUUCAAGGUACAAGAGACGGCGCCCGAAGGUCCAACAUUGACCUCGCCGCGUGGAGCCGUGGACGCAGUGGGAAGUAACAUUGUAUCAAGAAUUGGAGCCAUGAACUUGCGGGGACCCGUCACGGGCAAUGUGGGUAAUAUCCAACAGCCAUAG